AUGACGGCCAAAAAGAUUGUGUAUCAGUCCUUUCUCGGGCCAAUGAGCGAGCAGUUGCUCGCCCGCCUGCCACAAAUGGCAUCUCGCACGGAAAACCAGAGCAUCGGAGAGCCUUGUAGGCCGCUACACAACCAAGAGUGGCGCGGUUUGGGUCUUGAGCCGAUGGACAUCAUCAAGUGUGGGUACGAUGCGCUCUUGGACCAGAUACUGGGCGGUCUCCAGUGGAAGCAGCGCCUGCCUUUCCUGUAUGCGGCGCACGACCAGCAGCUGAGACAGUUGACAUGGAUCUCAGAGCGGAGGGCGCGAGACAGACAAGACGCAGAUCUGACCCGGCAGAGGGAAGCGCUCCUAUGGAGGAGGGAAGUUCUGCUCACAAAACUAUUCGAGGCAGAAGACUACGAAGAUGGUCUUCGGGGUAUUCACGCUGUUGGUGUAUUCAGGAGUGUGAAGGCGAGACUGGACUUCUUGAGGGCUGCGGUUCCAGGAUCCAGGGACGCAGGGAAGUUUGCAUGUCAACCAGAAAUUACACUAUGUUCUGGCCCUUUAGCGAAAAACCAAAAGGAGAGAGAGGCUCUGCGGCGGAGAGCAGCGACCUUUGUGCAUAGGGACGUUUAA